CAUGCGUCUUACAACCUUCAAACACUCGAUCUUCAAUCACCUGCAAAUGCAGAGCCGGCAGUGAAACAAAUCCAUACUACACCAUGACAACAAGCCAAGCAGCGCUCCCGCUGUUGCGAUAUCUACAUCAGCGGACGCGCAGCACACCAUGACAAACUGCACUCUCCUCUCACCAGCCCUGCCCUCGGAACUGCUGGCUCACAUCCUGAAGUACCACACAGAUCCGACAACCCUCAUCAUCUGUUCUACCCGCACAGACUUCGUCGCCAGCCUGCUCGGUGAGGUGCUUCACAGCGAACUGACGAGCAGCACCAAUCAGCCAGGUUCUCCAUCCUCCAGAGCGGACCUCGUCCGCAGCAGGUAUCCUCACCUCGUGACAUCACCUCUCCAUCAGCUCGUCACAUCGCGGCACAUCCGCACGCUAUAUAUCCCCACGGUGACGCACUUGCGGUCCUACCUGUCGGUGGCAGGCGUGUCCAGCAGUGCCUCUCCAAAUCUACUCCAACCAGGACACCCUUCCUCCGUCUUUUCAUCGUCCUCCAAGGUUCCUGCUGGCCCCCCACGCCGGGAGCACAGUGGUGAGGAUGACGGAGCUGCCGCGAGGACAACCACUGCGAGCUUGCGGCCCAGCGGCACGGUGAUCCUAUACGGCUUCCUGGACCUACACCGCGACACGAGCGAGUGGUCCGCCCAGGGCCUGUCGCACUCGUGCUCCACGCUCGUCGAGUACGCGCAUCAGCUCUCCCUGCACAGCGUGCUGCUGGUCGAGCCGGCUCGGAAUGGUGGUAGUGGCGGCGGCGGCGGCGCUGCUGGGAUACCGACUUCGCGUGGUGGCGAGCACGAGGGCUUCGGGCAUGGCGACGACUCUGGUGCUGAGGGUGACGCCGAUAAUGCCGACUCGGUCGGUGGCGCCGCUCCUAUUGCUCAAAGGACAAGUGAGCACAGCGUCAGGCGGGGGAGGCUUUCCUUGGAAGAAUUGUUGACGGAGGAUGUGCCCCUGCUUACUGGCGGCGGGAGCACCCUGCGCAAGCUCGGCAUUGAUGGAGACGAGCCCGGCUGGGCCGGCAGGACUGUGGAAGUUGGGCGUGUUCUGAAGCGGUGGCUUCGAUUCCAGCGGAUGGUGUGGGAUGAGAGGACUUCUUCAUGACCUGCUGCUUGGAUGAUGGCGUUUGAAGACCUGCGGGGUAUGCCCACGCGUUCACGUUGCCACAAAAUGUCAUGUCAGCGGCUUGAAGGCAAUCCCGAGUUGCUGUCAUAUCUUGCCAGUGUAGUAAAAAAAAUUCAAUUUUCCGAAUCAUA